CAUCCAGUGUGUCAGAGUUUUAUAUCAUUUCUUAAGUGAAAAUGGGUAAAUGAUUGUAAGGAUCAUGACCAAAUACUGUAUGGCCAGCAAUAAUCAAGCCACUUGCUAGAGAUGGAGAGACUGAGAUAAUAGAGACUGAGUACAUUGUGUUACUCGAGGUUGGAGGUUUGAGCUUGAGGUUGGAGCUUGUGGAGGCUGUUUGAACACUGAAUGCUGUGCUGGAGUUGCUGGAGCUGAUUUGUUCAAGUUGGAGUUGCCGGAGGUGUAUUGUUACUGCAACGUCUGAAAAACAAGACUGUGGCAUUUUAUCUGGAGAUAAGGACUUUAUUGUUUACAAGUCAUUGUGUAGAAGCAGCUGAAUAAUCCAAGGACUCUGCUGUAUUCGUAAAUACCUUUAUAUAAAUCUUUUCUUUGUUAAAGAGACAGUUUGUUUUGGGUAUUCUCCUUAACCGGAGUCAUGAUCUCCAAUCCUUGACAUCUCUGGUCAGCUGACAAGGAACAGAUGCCAGCCAUAAAACGGGCCAGCCAUAAAACCUCAAUGACCCUCUGGUAUGUGAGAGCCCCUAUAUAUGUGGGCCAAAGAGAAGGUUCUGGCAUUCGGUACAAUAAAAUCUGUUGGAAUCUACCAGCGUGUCUUGGUGCUUUUUUCCUUUGGAAGACUGACCCACAACACAACUGAGAGAAGAGAACCCAACAACCGGAGGGUAAAGCUUCCGAAGAAAGGGGGUUGCAAAUUAAGAAACCCCAAUUGACGGGCGCAACAUGGGUUAUGGGCCCAGCAGCCCAGCUGUCUAGGAGAAACCUGAAGAAGGACUCUAAAGCCCAGAACUCCUAAAGACAUAAACGGUCAAGUGUUUUGUUUGGUCAAAGAAAAGCUUGAAAAACAUGCCUCAAAGUGGGAGUGGUAGUUUGCCACUAGAAACUAAAUUCUUCAAACUACUCAUCAUGGGCAGUGAAAUUAAAGUAUUUUCUCAUUAGAGAAAAUUUGUGGGACGUUGUGGAAAAUCUUCCAGCAGAUGAACUUAGAAAUGAUGAGAAAUGUAAAGCAAAUAUUAUUCUCUCAGUUGAGGAUAAUCAACUCAUGUAUUUGAGAAAUGCUACAGCAAGAGACGGUUUGUGUUGGGUAUUCUCCUUAACCAGAGGGCAAAGCUUCUGAAGAAAGCGGGUUGAAAGUUUAGAACCCCAAUUGACAGGCGCAACACAGAGCGGACUAUGAACCCAAACAGUGAUGGAUCUGGACCAAACUUGGCACGCAUACCCGACAUGCCCAAAUUUGAAUCCUGGUGGGUUUUGAGGGGAUUUGGCCUGGACAUUUGGGAGUUGUAGGUCCUGGGAUUUAUCAAUGCAAUCAAUGAGCACUCUGAACUCCACCAAAGUUGGAAUUGGACCAAACUUGGCACACAGAGCCCCCAUGACCAGCACAAAAUACUGGAGGUCUUUGGGGAAAAAUCAUCUUGUAGUUACCACCUAUAUAUCAGAGUAAUUUAUGCAGCAGUAGUUGGAUGGAAUCAGUGGAACGCAGAACAAAGAGACACCCAGAGACGUUGGUAAAACUAUAUACAAAGUUUUACUGUACAAGACAAACAGGCUUGCAGACAAUGGACACAGGACUUGACUUCUCCGCAGACAGAACAGAACAGAACUGAUGCAAUCAGUAAUGCAUACACACUUGUGUCUGGACACUCUCCAGUUCCAGCCACACAUCAAGGUCAUCACAGCUUCUUAGCAAUUAAAUCUUUCCAGACUAUAGUACACUCUGGAUGAUGCAAUCAGUAUGCAAUACUGGAAAGACACAAAUUUCAUUUAAACACUAUCUAUACACAAACCCCACAUUAACACUAUAUCCAGAGAACACUGUAAGAGUUGUGCUGUAAGACAAUUACCUUCAAAGGGUCCUGGGUCAGGAGGAAAAUCAGGCAGAGAAACUCAGUCUUGUGAGAGAUGCAAAAAGCAAAGUUUAUUUUCAAAUAGCCAUGAGAAGGCUGCACAUACCCCAGAGGUAUGUAUCAUAUCUCUGUAUCAUGAAAAUGGCUGUUGCAACAUGUGCGUAGCAAACAAAGGAUUUUAUAUCUUGGCUUAUCUAGAAUUGACCAAUGGCUGAGGGUCUUCCUCACCUUCCACACCUACUUUGACACAAGUGAUACCAAUGACCUAACUUGUUUACUCUGAGCUUUCCUCUCUCCUUUCGAAGAAAUGAGCCCUGUGUUGCACAUACUACUUUGGUUCAUACAAAGUGCUUAUAUUGUCUAUAUAAAGGCUAUAUGAUAUACGCAGAGGCAAAACUAUAUAGGCAAUAGUUUACUACUUUCUGGCUUAUGGUUCCUUCAGUGUAAGUGCCUUUGUUUUAAAGUUAUUUCUGACUUUAAAAUAAACCUCCUAAAAGGAGGAAACGGGCAAUAAGGGAGGCCCGGAGAAGGGCAGAGGGAAGCAAGGAGGGACAUUGAGAAGGUCGGUGCUUAUAUAGAAAGCGAAAAUAAGACAGCUGCUGGGGCUCAUACCAUGAGCAUUGGCAACUCUUCUCCAACCGCAGAAGUUUCCUACCUUCGCCUGGCAAUGAGCAGCAACAGCACAGAGCAAUGCCAUCCUCCAGAGCUUCACCCGGCCAUCCCAGCAGUGUUGGCCAUCCUCUCAACCGGAGGCUUGGUCUUCAACGCCUUCAGUUUAUGGAUCUUCUGGUUCACCCUCAAGCGCUGGAGCUCCGGCGUCAUGCUCCAGUUCAACCUGGCCUUGGCCGACGCCAUCAUCCUCCCGGUCACCCCUCUGACGGUGGCCUACUUCAGUUUGGGCAACCACUGGCCCUUUGGCGAGUUCCUUUGCCAGUUCCAAGUCUUCUUACUCAGCACCCACCUCUACGGCAGCAUCUACUUCUUGAUGCUCAUCAGCGUCCACCGCUACCAAGCCACGGUCCACUAUAACGCCAGGUCGCUCUGGAAGAAGAAGUCCUUCUUGAAGAAGCUCGUCAUGGUCUUCUGGGUUCUCCUCUUCCUGCAAGGCUUCCCCGUCUUCUUCUCCCUCAAAACCUCCGUCAUCGACAGCAAGGUGAAGUGCCUCAGCAUCUACCAGUCGGAGCUCUCCGAACUCUACCUGGCCUACAGCAUUGUCCUGGGAACCCUCUGCUUCCUUCUCCCCUUCGGCGUCUCCUCGGCCUCCUACGUCAUGCUCGGCAUGGCCAUCGCUAACAUCAGCCAAGCCAACCUCCGAGGCCGGGUCAUGAAGGCCAAGUCCAUACAGAUGAUCACCAUCGCGUUGGUCAUUUUCGCCGUCUGCUUCACUCCGCUCCACAUUUGUGGCACCGUGGCAGCCAUAGCGGGGUAUUACAACCUGCCUUGCGAGAGUCUCCACAAUGUGGAGAUUGCCUAUUAUUUAUCCGUGGUCUUCACCAUGGUCAACUGUUGCCUGGAUCCGUUCCUCUACAAUGCCGCCAAUGAGAAGUUCCAUAAGUUCUUUUUCAAGUCGUUGGGAAAGCUGCUCUUCUCUAAGUGACAGGAUCAUCCUUGGAGAAAACAAGUUUAAGGAACCGAGGAUCCCAGGAGGUGUCACAAAAGCCAUGAAUGGCAUAGGAGGGUCCUGGCUUGGAGGAGGGUUGUUUCGCUUCCUGUCAUCACUUCUCGGAGGUUGUCUCCAAAAAUAUCCCCUGGAGAAG